CCCCGUGAAUGCAAAAGCAGUGUGGCUGCACCUGCAGCUCCCCACCCACACGGGGACUGAAAAUCCCCAGGGGGCCCAGACCGACAUGAUUUCCUGACAGAUACUAGCGGGAGGGAGGGAGCGCGUACGUCACGGCUCUCAGGAACCCGUGUCCAGAACAUACCUGACAGAUGCUUUUUCUCUUUAGUGCAUGUCUGUGGGGGCACUGCAAGGAGGAGACUGGGGGCAGGACCCUCUCCAGGUGGCAACUGAGCCAGCAUGGACCGUUCGAGCAAGAUGGAGUUCUUCCAGAAGCUGGGCUACAGCCAGGAGGAUGUGGCCAGGGUUCUGGGCAAGCUGGGUGACAGUGCUCUGGUCAACGACGUGCUUCAGGAGCUGAUCCGGACGGGCAGCCGCCCUGGGACCCGGGAGCCCCAGACUGUGCCCCAACUUGUUCCCCGGGGCUCCACUGGGCUCCCAGAUUCUGCUCCAUGGGGCUUGGGGGCAGCUCCAGAAGAGGACUGUGCAGACCCAGCCAGUUCCCUGCGUCCCAUCGUGAUUGAUGGCAGCAAUGUGGCGAUGAGUCAUGGAAAUAAAGAAGUCUUCUCCUGCCGGGGGAUCCAGCUGGCUGUGGACUGGUUCAGGGAAAGAGGACACACGUACAUCAAGGUUUUUGUCCCAUCCUGGAGGAAGGAGCCAUCAAGAUCUGACGCCCCCAUCCGAGAGCAGCACGUGCUGGAGCAGCUGGAGCGGCAGGCUGUGCUGGUGUACACCCCGUCACGCAAGGUGCACGGCAAGCGAGUGGUCUGCUAUGAUGACCGCUACAUCGUGAAGGUGGCCUACGAGCAGGACGGCAUCAUCGUGUCCAACGACAACUACCGCGACCUGCAGAGCGAGAACCCGGAGUGGAAGUGGUUCAUCGAGCAGCGCCUACUCAUGUUCUCCUUCGUCAAUGACCGGUUCAUGCCUCCUGAUGACCCGCUGGGCCGCCAUGGGCCCACCCUCAGCAACUUCCUGAGCAGGAAGCCCAGGCCCCCUGAGCCUUCCUGGCAGCACUGCCCCUAUGGCAAGAAAUGCACCUACGGCGUCAAGUGCAAGUUCUACCAUCCAGAGAGGCCGCACCACGCGCAGCUGGCGGUGGCCGACGAGCUCCGCUCCAAGACGCGCGCCUGGCCUGGCGGGGGCGCCCAGGCUGGCCGCGCAGCGACCCGGACUGCGCGGCCGCCUGCCGACCUGGCUGCUCUCCAAGGGAGCUUCUCACGCCUGACCUUCAGCGACGGCCCGGGGCCCCAUGGGACGCGCCCCCCGGGUGCCCCGCCCCGGCUGCGCUGGUCCGACUGGGUGCCCCAGGGUGGCCGGGUGCCUGGGCCUUCGCCAUGCCCACAGGCCGGUAGCGCUGCUGCCCCCCCACAGCCGCCCGGCCUUCCCAGCCCACAGAGCGCGUUCGCAGCCGGGGACCUCCCGCCUCCUCCCGGGUCGCGCCUCCAGCCGUCGGGCGGACACUGCGCCCAGGACCUGCCCGGUGACCUGUGGGCCCACCCACCCAGCUCGGACCGCUUCCCCAGCCGCUCGGCCUGGACUGAGCCAGCCUGGGGCCACCGCACCUGUGACUGCGCAGAGCACGCGCGCGCCCAGGCGCGCUCCGCGCUCUGCUCGCUCCUGCCUCCGGAGCAGGUGGACAGUGCCCUGGCUGCGUUCCCCGGGCUCUCCGACCUCGCCGGCCUACUGCUCCUGCUGCAGAGAUCCCCGAGGGAGGGCGCACAGCCGGGAACCCCCUAAGGGACCAGUGCAGCCCAGGCAAGAAACGGCCCGGGUCUUGCCUGACCCUUGGUUGCCUGCCUGGCUCUGGGUCAGCUGCAGCAGGGGAUCCACCUCCCUGUUGGCGGCCGGUGUCCUGCCAUUUGGCGACCUCUCUGAGACUGGAGCCAGCUGCGUGGAGGGAAUUUCAGACUCAAUGCAAGUAGCAAGUCCCAGUAGGCCUUAGGGGGUAUCUGCAACUGAGGGGGCAUCCCCAGGAGGGUCACAGAACCCCUACCACAAACACACGGAUCAGGCCAAGGCUAGGAUUUGUGUUGUUCAAACCUGUGUGUGGGCCCACACCUAUCGCCAUGUACACGGAGUGAGCUCCAUGAUCAGAAGCUUGCAAAAGGCUGAGAAAUUUCAUCAUCAACGUUUGAAAUGUAGGGGGUGGGGGACUGGGGCUUGGCAUCUCGCUUGCCCUGCGGGCUCUGCUUGUAGCCUUGGCAUUGUAUACUUGUGCCAGUAGUAAGGAAAGGCAGGGCACUUUGUCUCCACAGCCUGCUUCCCCUGUGGCACACACAGACCAAGCAGCGCAAAUAGCCUCUCCCUGCCCUCGCCCCCAUGCACCUGAUUCUUGGAAUCUCCUGGCUCCUGACUCAGCCCUUCAGCCAUUCCCUGUGGCAGAUUCUAGAACAGGUCCUCUACUGGGCGUGCCUUCUCAGCUCGCCUAGGCCGGGUAAGUGCAGAUUUUUGCUCAGAAACCUUAAGUGGGAG